UGCUCGUGUGCGUGCGUGCGUGCGUGUGAGGGUGUGUCUGCUCAUAUAACCCGGUCUCUCCGGCUUCACAGCGCCUGCGGAACUCCUCCGACUGAAGACUCGUGUAGCAGCAGAAUGGAGCCUUUGUCCGCCGCGCAUGCGCGCUUCUGCCUCAGCCUCUUCCAGAAGAUCAGCGAUGGAGAUAGUUCGCAGAAUGUGUUUUUCUCUCCGCUCAGCAUCUCUGCGGCCCUCUCGAUGCUUUCUCUUGGAGCUGCUGGAAACACCAAAGCGCAGAUGUCUCAGACGCUGCACUUUGCUGGAGCCGAAAGCGAGAUCCACGCCGGCUUCACGAAGCUGCUGAGCGAGAUGAACAGAGCCGGAGCGCCGCACACACUGAGCCUCGCCAGCCGGCUGUACGGGGAGCAGUCCUGCCGCUUCCAGGAGACGUUUCUGUCGGACACGCGGCGUCUGUACGGGGCGGAGCUGCAGCCGCUGGACUUCGUCAGUCAGCCGGAGGCGUCAAGGGGGAUCAUCAACCGCUGGGUGGAGCAGCAGACGCAUGAGAAGAUCCGGGACCUGCUGGCGGAGGGCAGUGUGGACUCACUGAGCCGGCUGGUUCUGGUCAACGCUGUUUACUUCAAGAGCAGCUGGGAGAGAAAAUUCCUGGAGGAGCACACACACGAGCAGCAGUUCCGGACCAGCAGAAAUGAGUCUAAGCCGGUGCAGAUGAUGUUCCAGAAGGGCAGGUUUCCUCUGGCCUUCAUCCCGGAUGUGAACUGUCAGAUUCUGGAGCUUCCGUACGCUGGGAAGGAGCUGAGCAUGCUGGUGCUGCUGCCCAACGCCAUGGAGGAUGACAGCACUGGCCUGGAGAAGCUGGAGCGUGCGCUGACCCUGGAGACGCUGACAGACUGGACACGGUCAGACAUGAUGGAUGUGCUGGAGGUGGAGGUGUCUCUGCCGCGGCUGCGGGUGGAGGAGCGACUGGAGCUGAAGCCGCUGCUGGUGGAGCUGGGCAUGCCGGACGCCUUCGACCCGCAGCGGGCAGAUUUCAGCGGAGUGUGUGCGAGUGGAGAGCUGCUGCUGUCCACGGUGGUUCACCAGUCCUUCCUGGAGGUGAAUGAGGAGGGCACGGAGGCGGCGGCGGCCACGGCGGCGGUGAUGAUGACUCGCUGCCUGAUGCGGGCGGAGCGCUUCUGUGCCGACCACCCAUUCCUGCUGCUCAUCCGACACAACCCGACCGGCAGUCUGCUGUUCUACGGCCGCGUCUGUAAUCCCUGUUAAAACACUGCUGUCCCUGAGCGCUAAUAAAACACUCCAGUGAA